ACAGAUCAGUUUUCCCCCCGCAGCUCGUCUUUACCCUCCGAACCAGUUCCGUUUCCGUCACAUCGUCCAUUUUUCGCAUAACCGCACAUGGUGCCGCACCGGCCGAGGACCGUCAGCCUCUUUUUUUGUGGGAUUUUGCUCCGUUAAGGACGAGAAAUCAGUCUCGUAGUAAGCCGAUAAAUGCAAGAUACUGUCGAUAUGGUGGACGACCAGGAGUAUGAUGAGGAGGAGCCCUCAUUCAGCGACCCGGAGGACUAUGAGGAAGAAAUGGAAGAUGAGGAGCUCAUGGAGGACAUCCUGAAGGAGAAGCCCCUUGAGGCUGACGGCAUAGACUCGGUGGUGGUGGUGGACAACGUCCCACAGGUCGGCGCGGAGCGUUUGGAGAAACUCAAGAACGUCAUUCACAAGAUUUUCUCCAAGUUCGGCAAGAUCGCCGCUGAGUUCUAUCCAGAGGGUGAUGGCUUAACCAAAGGGUACAUCUUCUUGGAGUAUACCGGUCCUACCCAGGCCCUCGAAGCUGUAAAAAACGCAGAUGGAUACAAACUCGACAAACAGCAUACAUUCAGGGUUAACCUCUUUACUGACUUUGACAAAUACAUGAACAUCAGUGAUGAGUGGGAAACUCCUGAAAAGCAGCCUUUCAAAGACUUUGGUAAUAUGCGCCAUUGGACUGAGGAUCCAGACUGCCGGGACCAGUACAGUGUCAUCUACGAAGCUGGAGAGAGGACUGCCAUUUUCAAUAACGACGCUAAGGAGCCAAUCGUAUCUGAAGAAAGAGCACGCUGGACAGAGACGUAUGUGCGCUGGUCUCCCAAAGGAACGUACCUGGCCACCUUCCACCAACGUGGCAUUGCAUUGUGGGGCGGCGAGAAGUUCAAGCAGAUCCAGAGGUUCAGCCAUCAGGGCGUGUCCCUGAUCGACUUCUCACCAUGUGAGAGGUAUGUGGUGACCUUCAGUCCACUCAUGGACACCAAGGAGGACCCGCAGGCCAUCAUCAUCUGGGACAUCCUGACCGGACAGAAGAAGAGAGGCUUCCACUGCGAGAGCUCUGCACACUGGCCCAUAUUCAAAUGGAGCCACGAUGGAAAGUUCUUUGCCAGGAUGACCCUAGACACACUGAGCAUCUAUGAGGCUCCAUCUAUGGGCUUGCUCGACAAGAAGAGUCUCAAGAUUACCGGCAUCAAGGACUUCUCAUGGUCUCCCGGUGACAACAUUAUAGCUUUCUGGGUCCCUGAGGACAAAGAUAUCCCGGCCAGGGUGACUCUGAUGCAGAUGCCUACCCGCCAGGAGAUCCGUGUCCGCAAUCUCUUCAAUGUUGUCGACUGCAAACUGCACUGGCAGAGAAACGGAGACUACCUGUGUGUGAAGGUGGACAGGACUCCUAAAGGAACCCCGGGCGUGGUCACCAACUUUGAAAUCUUCCGCAUGAGAGAGAAGCAGGUUCCUGUUGAUGUGGUGGAGAUGAAGGAGGGCAUCAUAGCGUUUGCAUGGGAACCCAACGGCAGCAAGUUCGCUGUUCUCCACGGAGAGCCUCCCAGGAUCAACGUCUCCUUCUAUCAUGUCAAGAACAACGGCAAGAUCGAGCUCAUAAAGACGUACGACAAGCAGCAGGCCAACAGCAUCUUCUGGAGCCCCCAGGGACAGUUUUUGGUGCUGGCCGGACUCAGGAGUAUGAAUGGAGCUCUGACCUUCGUGGACACGUCAGACUGCACCAUGAUGAACAUAGCAGAGCACUACAUGGCCUCCGACGUAGAGUGGGACCCCACCGGGCGCUAUGUCGUCACCUCCGUCUCCUGGUGGAGCCACAAGGUGGACAAUGCAUACUGGCUGUGGACGUUCCAGGGCCGUCUUCUUCAGAAGAACAGCAAGGACCGCUUCUGCCAACUGCUCUGGAGAUCCAGACCUACUACUCUGCUCGGUGUGGAACAGGCCAAGACCAUCAAGAAGGAUCUGAAGAAAUACUCCAAGAUCUUUGAGCAGAAGGAUCGUCUGAGUCAGUCCAAGGCUUCUAAGGAGCUGGUGGACAAGCGCAGGUCCAUGAUGGAGGACUACCGUCGCUUCAGAGAGACAGCGCAGCAGACCUAUCAGGAUCAGAAGGAGGCCCGGCUCGAGCUCAGAGGAGGAGUGGAAACUGAUGAGCUGGACAGCAAUGUGGAAGACUGGGAGGAGGAGACCAUUGAGUUUUUUAUCAACGAAGAAAUCAUUCCCUUUGGAGAUCUGUAGUCCCCUACGCAGUUCCGAUUUUGUGUGGAAGGAGGAGAGGAACUGCGUCAUUGAUUGGAGAAGGACGAGGACCACGCUGUGAAUAAUUGGGGUUCACGAGCCUCAACGUUCAUCUUUAGUGACAUCAUCAAAGCACGUCACAUAGAGGGACAAGAGAGGAUACUUUGUAUUUCAAAAUGUUCCCAUUGACUCUCACCAUCAUCCGCCCACUUUUUUUCGCUCUGUGGAUCCUGAAAUUUAGUAAAACUGCCUGCUUCUUUUUCUAUUCAUUAAUUGGAGUCACCUGCCCUCUAUUCUCAGCCCCUCUCUUAUUGGACCGUCUUUUUCCAGGGGUUGUUUUAGGAACUAGCUUCACCAUCCUAGUGUGUUAUCACAGGGCAGCACAGAGUGGCAUAACAGUGGGGGGCGAAGGUGUUGUGACAAAACAAGUAGCCUUCUUUAUAAACGUGCUGAUGUGGCGCUAUAGUGGCCUGUAUCCUCCUCCUUUCAGACUAGGUUUUCACACAGGGAGGUGGUGCGAAGUGGGAAUAACUUUAAAUAAACAUUCAAACAGAAGAUACCUGAA